CUACUAACGAUAGCUACCAGUAACCUCUCUCUCCAUCAUUAUGAGCGAGCCUAGUAACGUCUCCAACAUCCCAGUCGGGGGCUGGAACAUCACUAACCAGUUUGUCCAGCCGGUUUGGCUGCUCACUCUCUGGACGGUAGCCUACAGUCUCGUGCUGUUUGUCUCGGUGAGCGGGAACGUCAUCGUUGUCUGGAUCAUCCUUGCUCACAAACAGAUGCGGACAGUGACAAACUACUUCCUGUUGAACCUGGCUCUCGCGGACACUUCCAUGGCGGCCUUCAACUCGUUUGUGAACUUCGUUUACGCUGCGCACGGGGACUGGUACUUCGGGCUCUUCUACUGCAAAUUCCACAACUUCCUUCCUGUGACAGCGGUGUUCGCCAGCAUCUACUCCAUGGUGGCCAUCGCCGUGGACCGGUACAUGGCCAUCAUCCACCCACUCAAGCCGCGCCUCUCGGCAACGGUAACCAGGUCUGUGAUAGGCUGUAUCUGGGGUAUGGCCGUGGUACUGGCGUUCCCGCUGUGUUACUACUCAACCACCAGAAAGAUUGGACAGAGAACACUGUGUUACGUCUACUGGCCCCGCACUGCUCAGGACUCAUUGAUGUAUCAUAUAAUAGUAGCAGUGUUGGUGUAUGUGCUGCCUCUAGUGGUGAUGGCUGGUACCUACAGUCUGGUGGGUAGGACACUUUGGGGCGGAGAGAUACCUGGUGUCUCUAAAGAUAACUACCAUCUACAGAUACAAGCCAAGAGGAAGGUGGUGAAGAUGAUGAUGAUUGUGGUGGUAACAUUUGCAGUCUGCUGGCUCCCCUACCACCUCUACUUCAUGAUAACAGGACUCAACAGACAACUGAACAGAGUCAAGUCUAUACAACAGGUGUAUCUAUCAGUGUUGUGGCUGGCUAUGAGCUCCACCAUGUACAACCCUGUCAUCUACUGCUGUCUCAAUAGCAGGUUCCGUGCAGGGUUUAAGCGUGCAAUGCGCUGCUGUCCGUUUGUCCGUCUGUCUGAAUACGACCAGAUGGAACUACAUAGCGCCCGUUUCCAUGCCAACAGACAGAGCAGCAUCUACACCCUGAGCCGCUUCGAGUCCUGCUCCACCGACCCACACAACGACCGCAGCGACAGGAGGAGGAGUCAGGGUGGUCGUCAUGGUAGCAUCGCACACAACGGGGUGAAUCGUCACGGAACUCGACAUACACUCCUGACACACGCUCGUUGCCACGGCAACCCCCAAGGGUCCACCUCCGCCACGGAGGUCACCUGAGAGGUUUGGACUUGAGACGAAGCGAACACACAAACAUACACACAAUUACUGAAACACACACACACACCCCUAAAGAAACACACACACCCCUACUGAAACACACACACACCCUUAUUGAAACACAAACAAACACACCUGGAUUCCAUAACAUAUAGGAAUCCCCAUUUCUGUUCUAUGCCAAUAAGUAACUUGUAACCAGGUCUGUUCUGUCAGUUAUAUAGUCAGUUAACCCUUCUGUUCUGUCAGUUAUAUAGUCAGUUAACCCUUCUGUUCUGUCAGUUAUAUAGUC